AUGUUACGUUUUAGACAUCAACCUGACGAUUCUCCAGUCUAUAGAGCUGAACCAUCAGAGAGAGUUUUGAUUUGGAAUUUAAGUUAUUUGGUCAGUGAAAAAGAAUUAUACACCUAUCUGAAAGAUUUUGGUGCAAUUUGGGUAAUUAUUCCAGUUCAAUCGCUAUAUGGUUUUAGAAAGAAUCGACCACAUCCAUUGGGUAUUGCGUAUGCUGAGUUUGAAACUAAAGAAAAAGCAACUUAUGCAAUCGACCAUUUGUUCAAUCAGAUAUAUAAAGGAAGGCCUUUGAAAGUAAGAUAUCAUCAACCUUAUGUACCAAGACAAAAGACUAGAAAGAAUUCAAAGGAAAUUUGUCCUGUUGGUAGAGGUAUUGAAUUAGAUUCAACAGAAUCUGAUUUAGCUCAACCAGUUACUGUUGUUGAUGACUCUUCACAGCCUUUAGAGUUAACAGAUGAAGAAUUAGUUGCACCUGCUAUGGCUCCAAGUAAACUAAAUGUAAAAAGAAAAGCAGUUUCUACAGAGACAGUUUAUUGUAAGAUAUUGCCAGAAGGAACUACAGAUUUACAUUUAAGGCAACAUUUUAAAGCCUUCCGUCCAAAGGAAAUUUGGAUAUUCAAAUCAUCUCCAACUAGGAGUAAAAUGUGUUUUGGAUCGAAGCGUCAAUCUUUUACUUCAGCCUUGAUUACUUUAGAGACAGAGGAGUCAUUGAAAAAAGUAGCUAAGAUAAUGUCUAAGAAGAAAUUAUUGGACAAUAAAGUGAUUGUAAGACCUGCAUACCUCACAAAAAUUGAAGAAGUUAGAAGAAUUGCAGAACAAGAGGAACUUGAUAGUGCAAUCCAAAAUAUUCAACAAGGAAUAUUACCAGUUAGUACUAGCUCUGAAUCAGUAAAUCUGCAAACACCAAUUGAACCAGCAAGUGUUCCUUUAGUUUCGGAUGAAAUAAUUGUUGAUUAUGAACCUAGAAUAGGUAAUGCAGUUGUUGUUUCUGAAGAAGGGCCAACAUCAUUCGUUUCGACUUAG